AGAGAUGGGGACCGAGCCCACAGAACAGGUUUCCUGGGGCCUCUACUCUGGGGAUGACGAGGAGGCAUACUCAGCUGAGCCGCUGCCGGAGCUCUGCUACAAGGCGGAUGUCCAGGCCUUCAGUCGGGCCUUCCAACCCAGUGUCUCCCUGACUGUGGCUGCGCUGGGCCUGGCCGGCAAUGGCCUAGUCCUGGCCACCCACCUGGCGGCCCGACGCGCAGCUCGCUCGCCUACCUCCGCCCACCUGCUCCAGCUGGCCCUGGCCGACCUCCUACUAGCACUGACCCUGCCCUUCGCAGCAGCAGGGGCUCUUCAGGGCUGGAGUCUGGGAAGUGCCACCUGCCGGGCCAUCUCCAGCCUCUACUCGGCCUCGUUCCACGCCGGCUUCCUUUUUCUGGCCUGUAUCAGCGCCGACCGCUACCUGGCCAUCGCGCGAGCGCUCCCAGGCGGGCCGCGGCCCUCCACACCCGGCCGUGCGCACUUGGUCUCAGUCAUCGUGUGGCUGCUGUCGCUGCUCCUGGCCCUGCCUGCGCUCCUCUUCAGCCGGGACGGGCAGCGGGAAGGCCAGCGACGCUGUCGUCUCAUCUUCCCUGAGGGCCUCACGCAGACGGUGAAGGGGGCGAGCGCCGUGGCGCAGGUGGUCCUGGGCUUCGCGCUGCCUCUGGGCGUCAUGGCAGCCUGCUACGCGCUGUUGGGCCGCACGCUGUUGGCCGCCAGGGGGCCCGAGCGCCGGCGUGCGCUCCGCGUCGUGGUGGCCCUGGUGGCGGCCUUCGUGGUACUGCAACUGCCCUACAGCCUCGCCCUGCUGCUGGAUACCGCCGAUCUACUGGCUGCUCGCGAGCGGAGCUGCCCUGCCAGCAAGCGCAAGGAUCUGGCACUGCUCGUGACCAGUGGCUUGGCCCUCGCCCGCUGCGGCCUCAAUCCCGUGCUCUACGCCUUUCUGGGCCUGCGCUUCCGCCAGGACCUGCGGAGGCUGCUCCGGGGAGGGGGCUGCAGUUCAGGCCCUCUCCCCCGCGGCGGCUGCCCCCGCCGGCCCCACCUUUCUUCCUGCUCAGCUCCAACUGAGACCCACAGUCUCUCCUGGGACAACUAGGGCCGCCAAUCUAGAGGAGGGGGCAGGCUGAGGAGACGAUUCCAGGAGGGUAGUGGGAAAGGGGAGUAGGUGGGGGGAAACAGAGAAAGAGGUAGGACCUAAAGGGAUUGCUUCUGUGCCUUGCCACAUUAAAUUGAUAACAUGGAAAUGA